AUGGACUGGAAGAUGAUUGCUUGCGAACCAGUGCUACCCCGGAACUCCGACAACAGUCAUCGAACCCGAGCCCUACUUGAAGGAGACAUCUUCGCCAUGACAAUCCACAGAGCCAAGGGUAAGCAUAGGACAGAAGAGGAAUACAAGCAGCUUGGCGUUUCAGCCGGUUUUUCGCAGUUUCAAGCAUUAUAUAUUGAUUCCUUCCACACUGUCCUAGAAUUUCUCAAAGUGCUAUCGCACGUGGCUGAAAAGGGCUAUAAAGGAAUCAAGAAGCGGAGUGCAAAGCAUAAAGGAAUUGACUUAGUUGAUUCACUGAAAAUCUCGCUCACGUAUCACCCGUUGGCGGAUUGGUCGCUCUUCCCUUUUUCUCCCCAAGAAGCGAUGGAAUUAGAUAAUGACAUAUACCAGAGAGAGAGCGACCAAGCAACGGACGACGGAGAAUACUCUGCAUCUGAGUCGAAGCCUGCAUUUAUCUCCCCUUGUAUCCCCGGACCGGGGUUUUCAAUAGCUCACCUCACGUAG